AUGUCUGCUGAGAACACCUCGCUGGUCAUCCACCCCCCUGGCUUCUACAUCAUCGGAUUCCAGACGCUUCCCUUCAUCAACAUCUACUUCUUCUUCCUAGCGUUUGUGUAUGUGGUCACAGUGCUCUUUAACUGUUUUCUCAUCUACGUGAUCGCCUUUACCCGGAGUUUGCACACUCCAAAAUUUCUGGCCGUUGCCAACCUCGCUGUGAUUGAUUUGUUCCUGAACACGUGCACCAUCCCCGGCAUGAUAAAGACAUUUAUCGUCAAGGAUAACUUCGUGCCAUUCAAUUUAUGUUUGGUGCAGAUGUUUGUCUACUACACGUUUGCAAUGCUGGAAUCAUUUGCGCUUGCUAUACUCGCCUAUGACAGGCUGAUUGUGAUCUGUUUCCCUCUGCGUCAGCACGCAAUCAACACGCUGCGGGCCAUGUCCUGCAUCAUCGCGCUGUCCUGGUCCUACUCUGUGGGCACGUCAGUAUUCUGCACGUCAAUAAUGACCCGGCUGUCCUUUUGCAACUCUGUCAAAGUUUUUAGCUAUUUCUGUGAUUAUGCGCCGGUUUUUAGACUUGCCUGUAAUGAUUACACCUUGCACUGGUCCGUGUCCUCUGUCUUAAGUGUCCUGCUCCUGCUUGGCCCCUUUCUUUUCAUCAUUGUGUCCUACAUCUGCAUCCUGGUCACUGUGUUCAAGAUGAAGUCUGUGCAUACUCGGAUGAAAGCUCUGGCCACCUGCGUUGAGCACAUCAUCCUCGUCAUUAUAUUUUACGUUCCUCUUCUCAGUAUUUUCACGAUCGGGUUUUAUUUGCGGCUCAUUGACCCGGACCAGCGUGUGCUGAGCCUAUCCUUCUCCUCCUGCAUCCCGCCGUGCAUCAAUCCCAUCAUGUACUCCCUGAAAACCAAGGAGAUCAAAACCAGGGCCGUGGCGCUCAUCAGGAGAACGAACACGGUCGCCUUCUAA